AUGGCUCACACUUCUCAAGUCUUGUUGUUGCUUGGCCUCCUUGCAGCGGUACACGCUGCGGACCCCUACUCGCAAUAUCGAGCAGUGGCCCCCGCGUUCUCCAGCAUCGUCGUGUUCGGUGAUUCGUUUAGCGACAACGGCAACGGGUCGGCUCGGGUAUCGAACAAUGCAUGGCCUUCAGACAAAUACUAUGCCGGACGCUUUUCCAACGGCCCCGUCUGGCCCGAAUACGUAGCCGCCAACUUGUCGAUCCCGCUCUACGACUACGCAGUGGGAGGCGCCACUACGUCCAACACGUUGGUGCAAGGAUACACCGGACCGGGCGGGACGAUUGCGGUGCCUUCGGUGGCUGAUCAACUCGCCACCUUUCUGGACAAGACCACUCCCCAGGGAGAGGCCUUCUCGACCUCGGACUCGACGGCUCUGGCCGCACCAUUGUUCGUCGUGUUCGCCGGAGCCAACGAUAUCCUGUUCAACCCCAACAUCAGUGCUUCGCAGACACACCAGGUCUUGCUCCAAGUGGUGACGCGGCUGCGGGAUGAGUAUCAAAGCUCCGAAGUCCUCGCCAUUUCACCUCCGGAUAUGUCGAAGCUCCCCUACGGUUUCUACGUGGAUACCCCGACGAAGCAGACUCUGCAGAGCUACACGGCCCUUCUGGGAGACCUACUUGGCCGCUCCCAGAGGCUGGCAGUCCAUGUUGAUCUUCGACCGCUCUUUGAGGAUUUCGAGUAUUACGCCGCGCCUCUGGCGUACGGGUUCGACCCUCUGGGCAAGUACGGCAGUUGCUUGGAGGGGGCAUAUGGCGAGACGCCGAAUGUGACGGUCUGCGAACAUGCCGAGAGGAGGGUUUACUGGGACGAGUAUCAUCCCACAACCCAGGCACACUCGUGGAUCGCCAACCAAGUCCUCGACGUUCUCAGGGGUCCGUUUUGA